AUGUCGAUCAUGGAUAACAACGGUGGCUCCGUGAUAGCCAUGGUAGGAAAGGACUGCGUAGCCAUCGCCUCAGAUUUGCGAUUGGGAAAUCAAGCUCUCGGAAUCUCGUCAAACUUUCAAAGGAUAUUCCCUGUGACAGAUCGAAUCUUCCUUGGUCUUCCCGGUCUUGCAACAGAUGUUGCAACAGUGCAUGAACGUCUACGUUACAGGCUCAAUAUGUAUACAAUUAAAGAAGAACGCGAAAUCGAACCAGAAACUUUUGCCCAUCUGGUAUCUUCAACCCUAUAUGAACAUCGUUUUGGGCCCUAUUUUGUCGAGCCCGUUAUGGCCGGUAUUUCGAAGACACCAUCAGGCGGCGUGAAACCCUUCAUUGCGGCGACUGAUCUUAUUGGAUGUCUAAACUUUGCGAAGGACUUUGUCGUUGCAGGAACCGCGAGUUCGAAGCUGUACGGUGUGGCUGAAGGUCUCUGGGAGCCAGAUUUGGAACCUGAGGAUUUGUUCGAGACGAUCUCGCAGACAUUAAUGAAUGCCGUCGACCGUGAUGCAUUCUCCGGUUGGGGUUGCGUUGUGCAUGUAAUAACGAAAGACAGAGUAGUCACGCAUACAUUUCGAGUGGCUGACCACAUAUAUGGGCACACUCUCAAUACGACCGUGGUUAUCUUGAAUUGGUCGCGAUUUGACAAUGUCAAACUAAUUACUUCAACCAUCUGCAAAAAUCUACUGAAUGAUACGGUACAAACUAUCAUUGUGUGGAACAACAAUCCUAUCCCUUUAUCCUAUGAGAACUUUAUGAACGGCUCCUGUCCACAAUGGGCAUUAAACAUAAUAAACUCUCCCGAAAAUCUAUACUUUGAGGCGCGUUAUGUAGCCUGCACGUACGCUGGUACUGAGUUUUGUUUUAUCCAGGACGACGAUUACUUUGUUCUACCUACAGUUAUCAAAAUGUUGACCUUGCGGAUGCAAGAGAAAUCUUUGAAUUCUAUUCACCUACAGCCACCACAUGACAUGCUUUCCAGCCAACUCAGGACUAUCAACAUUGAUUCUUCUGUUCAUACUACCUUUGCAUGGUUGGGUUAUGGAACUAUCAUCAAACGCUCGUUAGCUGUCGAAUUCUUAGCUUUACUAGAAAAACUGCAACUUUCCGACGAAGUACAUAAAAUGUCGGAUAACUACUUCACUAUACUCAGCAAUACGGUUCCUGAACGAUGGUUUGAUCCUGGGACACUUCUGGGAGGUGGGCAGCCAUUCACGGUUGGUGCAGAAGGAGAACAGAGGAACAAUCAGCAUAUUAUCAGGGCAGCAAGUAUUUUGAACUCUAUCACACAAAAUGAUGUUCAUGCUUUGGAUCUGCCUUAUGUCCGCUUUCCACCGCAGUCAAAGACAGAGGAUGAUAGCUCCCGCGCACCGUGUCAACGCGACUUGUGCUUGGUCGAGACUUCUAUCCGUCUGUUCCCGCAAGAGUUCGACAAAUCGCUUGUGUCGGGAGUUUCAGAUAUACUCGAACUUGAGAAACGUAGGUUAGAACAUCUAGGCGAAAUAAGGAAGUUUCAUUAUCUGGAAUUUCCCCCGUCGAACAUGGUGGAUUCCCGGUAUGAUACGGUCUUCCGUAGCUUUGACAAUGCCAAAGCGGGAGAUUGGAUUAUCUUGGAUAUGUUCCGACCUUUCACGUCCAGUCAAUCCACGUUUGUCUUAGUAGUUGGUCGGGAAACCGAACCUAUUCUUCGGGAGGCUAUUUAUGAAGUCUCCCGGGACGGAAAAAUCUGGGAUGGUUUUUCCAAUGCCUUGGAGUGCUUCGAUAUGUUGAAGACAGAACAUACUGCUAUAGCACAGUUAAUGGCAUGUAAGAUUGUGUGUGAAGGUGGUGGACAACGAUUUUACAGAGUGCGCUUGUUGGAUGAUAUACAACAGAAAUGGGUUAUACAUGAAGUAUUUGUCGAAUGA